AUGUAUGUGACUCUCAAGAACUCACAGCAAGUGGUGGCGACAGCGGAUCUCGUGGAUGGACUCUACUGGCUUCGGACGACUCAACGAUCAGCGAAUGUGACAGCAAGUGGAACCAGUUGUGCCGAUCUACAUGCGAGAAUGGGUCAUGCUCCAGUCGAUGUACUUCGCAAGAUGAUCGCGACCAACAUGAUCAAGGAUGUGCGAGUCCCUCUCAAGUCGGGUGGAGCAACUACAUGUCGAGGAUAUCAACAAGGGAAAAUGGUCUAA